AUGAGCUGCACAACAAACACAAACACAGCUACAUCAUCUUCAAGGUUUGCAAAUAUCUGAAGUAUCGGUUUCUAUUGAAAAAAUCGGUUUUCAAAAAUGAAAGUGAAAGAAAAAUGCAAUUAAAAGCGCUAUUGGGAAAAUUUUAGGUGGCCACUUUAGAGGCUAGCCAAGGACUACUUGGAGUGGUCACUAUUUCCCGUUUUAGUGGCCACUUCAAUAGUUUUUCAUCCAGUAUUCCUUCCAAUAACUCUGGUAAUUUUGAAACAAACAGAUUGGACCAGUUAUGUUGAUCCAAUGACCCCUAAAGUGGCCACUAAAAUUUUUAUUGGUCUAGUAGUAGUACUUAACCUCUAUAGUGGCCAGUAAUUUUUAACCCCUUAAGUGGCCACCAAUUUGACUACUAUAGUGGCCACUAAAACGUCAAAACCUUAUAGUAGCCACUAAACAUUUUUCCCAGUAUAUUUUCUUUUUAUUACGUCUAAUUUUAAACAGAACAUUUUUUCAUCAUUUCAAAACGAAAAGUGAUAUUAACCUGAAAGUUAUGUAACCUGGGAUAUCUCAUAAAAUUAUUGUAGGGAUUUUUGAUAAAUUUGCUAUAUUACAAAAAAAUAAACUUUUAGGAUCAGUAUUUACUUCAUGCAAAUUUUUAAAUGAUCCUUUUUUUAAAUAAAAAAAGGCCGGAAUCUUGAUUUAAGGCGAAAUUUUGGGGAAAAAUCUUGAUCUUUGUAAUUAUUUUUUUCGCUGAAUUUUUCUCAUCAAAUCUUGAACAAUUGAUUUUUUUCAGAUCGACAAGAACGACACGGCGAUCGUCGUGGAGAAAAGUCGGUGAGAAGGCGGCCCCCUAUUCGGAAUUCGUCGAGGAGCUGAAGAAAUUGGUCGAGGGCGGAAAGGAAUGCAGGUAGAGAACUCUUUUCGAUUAAUAAUUUUCCUUGAAGUUUUGAAAAUUAUUCAAAAUGACAAAAAUUUGAAAAAAAAAAUCAACUAAAACUUCGCUCGAUUUGAAAAUAUCGAGAGAUCAUUUGGAAUAGUAAAAGGAUGUUCCACAGAAAGCCCCUUGGGGGGUCCCCUCUAGUGAACACUUUGCCAACUCCUACAGGGGUUACUAAGGCUUGCAGAAGUGGUCCCUAUAGGGGACAUGUUAGUCGAUAAUUAUUAUAAACUCUAAGAGCAGAAGCAUUUCCAUGCGAAAAACUGAAUAAACAAGCUUUUGAAUGAAAUUGAAAGACCCCUAUAGGGACCACUAAUUAGGGGCUACGGGGUCACACCCUAAACGCCUAUAGGGGUCACCUUGAUUUUACCCCUAUAGGUACCAUUUUUUCUGCCUCUAUAUAGGUUUUUUUCUCCCUAGCCCCUAUAGAGAUCACUCUAAAAUUCUUAAGAUAGAUGAGCUAGUACAGGAAAAGGGGUCACAUGACAAAAAAAUAUUCAAAAAAAUAUAAAAAAAAAUGAAUAAUCUUUAAGCUCAGGAAGGUGGAAAAUAAAUUAGAACUUCGAAUAAUUUUUUUGAAAAAAAACUUCUAAAAAUUUAGGGGGAUGAAGACCUCUAAAAAUGCUCUUCCCAUGUUGAAAAGGGAUUUUUGUCAAAUAUUCCGCCCAAAAGGAACAUCUUGAAGAUAUGCUGCCGUUGAUGUCGAGGUGACGGUUCAGCGACAGGGCGCUGAAGGCGCCAGCAAGCUCUCCAAGGUCAUCUUCGUCCAGUAGUGAGCUCCUUUUAUCGAUUUAUAUCUCACCAAGAAAACUUAUAGUGAUCCUUAUAUAGUUCAAAAAAGGGACGCGAUUCUCAAUUUUUUAAAUUUUUUUCAUGAACUCUCUAUAUGAUACAAUGGGUAAUAGGAAAAAAUGAACGAAAACGAUAUUAGUUGGCAAAAAAACCUUUGGAAAGUUGUGAAACAAAAUUCAGCUACCCCUUUUUCAAAAAACUUUUCAAUGUGUAUUGUAGGAUUUAAAUAGCGAUCUUUUCGGAGCGAGCUCAAAAAUCGCAUUUUCAGCUGCCCGGAUGAGGCGCCGGUCCGCCGCCGCAUGCUCUACGCUUCUUCCGUCAGAGCACUCAAGGCGUCACUUGGCUUAGAGUCGCUUUUCCAGGUUUGUUGCAUAUGUUUUUCAAUGAGAGCUAGAAAUUCCUCUCUAAAAAAACGUUCUGAACUUGUUGUAGCCUUUAGAUCAAGUUCAUAACGUUCUCGGACCUUGGUAACGCGAACGGGACGCUAAUCGGACGUGUCGGAGCAUUUCUAGUGACCACUUUAGUAGCCUCAGCACUCUUAAGUGAUCCCUUGAACCGCCCAGAAACGUCCGGAGCACGUCCGUUUCGCGUUACCUAUGUCCGAGUUAUCAUUAAUAUUUUGAAUGAAAAGUUGGAAAUAUAUAAUUUUUUUAAAAAUGAAAGGAAAGUAUGGACAUUUUAAAAAUGCGAGAAGAGUAUCACUAGAAUCUUUUUGAAGGAUAUUUUAAAAAAAACAGAAAAAAAUUUCGGUUUUUUUCAACGACUAACGGAACAUUUUGAGAAAAUGUCAAUUUUUCCAGGUGCAAAGCCUCCGACAUGUCCGACCUCGACGAGAAAGUCAUCAAGAGCGACCUGAUGGCCUCCCAAAGAACCUAAGUCCCUUCUCUGUUUCAAAAAAGACCCACAAAAUGGCUGGUCUCUGUGUGCCUUGA